GCAAAAGAGUAAUCAUAGACCAACCUAAAAUCUUUCUUAAACCCUAAAGGGAGCUUGAGUGUCCCACUAUUUCAUCGUUGAGAGCUCAAAGCUGAGAAGAAGCUUCUACACUCUACUACAUACAUUCCGCUCUUUUCUCUUCUCUGAUUUCAUAUGGCGAGGCGCCUGAUCCCAUUGUUCGAUCGUAUUUUGAUUGAGAAAAUCGUUCCUCCUGCAAAGACUAACUCCGGCAUUCUUCUUCCUGAGAAAACUUCCAAGCUGAACUCUGGAAAAGUUGUUGCUGUCGGUCAAGGAGGUCGUGAUAGAGAUGGGAAACUAAUUCCUGUACAUGUAAAGGAAGGAGACACAGUUCUUUUGCCCGAGUAUGGAGGAACUGAAGUUAAACUUGCCGAUAAAGAGUAUCAUCUGUAUAGGGAGGGCGACAUCCUGGGAACUCUUCAUGAUUAGUUCAUUUGGUUGCUCUUUCAUUGUGAGGAGAGUAGUUCUUCCCUGAUAUAGAUAAUUGUUCAAGUCAAAUUAGACUCUUUUGGUUCCACAUUUGGAUACUGAUGUGGGCUGUAUCGUUUGUUUUUUGAGUUAUAUGCUAAAACUAGAACACAAAAUUCAGCAAUCGAAUUGUAAUCCUUAAUAACAUUGAUUUCGUUUCUAGCUGAGUCUACAAAUCGCUUAUCUAGAUAAUGACAUUCUAAUAACCCAAGUCAAAUAUGGCUACAAAAAUUUUACUCGUCACUCGAGAAAAUGGAGUUAUUAUCU